AUGCUACUCGCAGACUCUCCAGCUAAGAGGAGAAUUUACCAGCAGAGCAUUAUGAUGAGUUCAGCUCGAGAGAGGAGCAAGAAGCGCCCCACCCCCCUGCUCAGAGCCACGCCCACCCGCGCCCUCGUUGACGAGCCGAUUGAAAUAGCGGUCCUGCACCUGCCUCCCAACCGACCAAUCACACUGCGGGCCAGCCUGCUCAGUGAGAGAAAUGACUUGUGGGAGUCGUAUUCACACUAUGUUAGCGACGAGCACGGGGCUGUGAGGGUGUCCUGGGAUGAAUCCCACGGCGGCUCCUACACUGGCUGUGAGCCCAUGGGCCUCUUCUGGAGCCUGCAUACUGCACCCGGGAGCAGAGAGGGGCUCAGGAAAGAGGGGCUGACAGCGCUGCGGAAGAGAAACGUUGAGACCCCCUUCCUCGUGGAGCUCUCUGUGCUGGAGGAUCACGUGGCUGACAGGUUCGGGGAGCAGGCAGUGCUGGCCGCAGUGUCUCUGGAGAGCUGGUACUUGGCACCGGGGGUGCGGCAGAGGGGAGUGGUGGGCACCCUGUUCCUGCCCCUGGGAACCCAUCGCUCUACCACAAGUACUCACGGCUUCACUGCCCGGGUGCCUCGUGUGCAUUACUGCUCUUACCACGCUGCUCUCCUGGCCUCUCGCGGCUACGCCUCGCUGGCGCUGGUGUACAUCUAUCACAGGGACCUGCCGGGGCCGCCCGACGAGUACAACAUGGGGCAGGACUACUAUCAGACUGCCUUCAGUGUGCUCCAGUCUCACCCGCAGGUCUGUGCUGACAGAGUUGGGAUCCUCGGUAUCUCCUUCGGCUCCGUUCUCGCUCUCAAAAUGGCGUCAGAGUUUCCCAAAAUCACACUGCGGUGUGUUAUCGGGGUAAACGGACCCAGCUGCAUACAGUUCUCAUCACUGAAGGGAAGCAUGAUGGAACAGCUUGAAAUGCAUAGAGAUGAGUGGGUGUACGACGAGCACGGCAAUGUGAGCUUCAAGAACACAACAACACCGAGCCUUGUCCCCGCAGAGCGCAAACUGAAGGUGGAGAGGAUCAGGUGCCCGAUGAUGCUGGUGGUGGGGGAGGAUGACCAGUGCAAUGCUUCUGUGGAGAGCGCUGAUGUGUUGUGA